UGUAGAGUUAAGCUCACUGCUGUGUGACGGCAGAGGGCCAGGAAAAGGCGCACUCAAUCCGGAGCGCCCGACCUUGACUGAAUGUAACUUGUUCUCUCGGUCCAAUGGCCCCUGCGGCCCCGCCCCGGCCCUGAUGAUUUGCUGAGAGCUCCGUUGCUAGGCAACCGCGUCUCGAACUUGCUCUGAAGGCUGGUGGGCGGCGUGGUGGGAUUUGGGAGCUCAGGGGGCGCCAGGCCACGAACAGAGCCCGGAUGGACCAGUACUGCAUCCUGGGCCGCAUCGGGGAGGGCGCCCACGGCAUUGUUUUCAAGGCCAAGCACGUGGAGACUGGCGAGAUAGUCGCGCUCAAGAAGGUAGCCCUGCGGCGACUGGAGGAUGGCAUCCCCAACCAGGCCUUGCGGGAGAUUAAGGCUCUGCAGGAGAUUGAGGACAGUCCAUAUGUGGUGCAGUUGAAGGCUGUGUUUCCACACGGUGCAGGCUUUGUGCUGGCCUUCGAGUUCAUGCUGUCAGAUCUGGCCGAGGUAGUGCGCCAUGCCCAGAGGCCACUGGCCCAGGCACAAGUCAAGAGCUACCUGCAGAUGCUGCUCAAGGGUGUUGCCUUUUGCCAUGCAAACAACAUUGUGCAUCGGGACCUGAAACCUGCCAACCUGCUCAUUAGCGCCUCAGGCCAGCUGAAGAUAGCAGACUUUGGCCUGGCCCGAGUCUUUUCCCCAGAUGGCAGCCGCCUCUACACACACCAGGUGGCCACCAGGUGGUACCGAGCCCCUGAACUCCUAUAUGGUGCCCGCCAAUAUGACCAGGGCGUUGAUUUGUGGGCCGUGGGCUGCAUCAUGGGGGAGCUGUUGAAUGGGUCCCCCCUUUUCCCGGGUGAGAACGACAUUGAACAGCUUUGCUGUGUUCUUCGCAUCUUGGGGACCCCCAGCCCUAAAGUCUGGCCGGAGAUCACUGAGCUUCCUGACUACAACAAGAUCUCCUUUAAGGAGCAGGCACCUGUGCCCCUGGAGGAGGUGCUUCCAGAUGCCUCUCCUCAGGCCUUGGACCUGCUGGGUCAGUUCCUCCUCUACCCUCCGCGCCAGCGCAUUUCAUCUUCUCAGGCCCUCUUGCAUCAGUACUUCUUCACAGCUCCUUUGCCUGCCCACCCAUCUGAGCUGCCGAUUCCUCAGCGCCCAGGGGGACUGGCCCCCAAGGCCCACCCAGGGCCCCCCCAUGUCCAUGACUUCCAUGUGGAUCAGCCUCUUGAGGAGUCGCUGUUGAACCCGGAGUUGAUUCGGCCCUUUAUUCCAGAGGGGUAAGACACUGGCCCUGGUCCUGUCUGCCAGUUCCUCAGGAUCACCCAGGCAGCUUGUUCUUCUGCCACCUACUCGAUUCAGCCCUCCAAUGCCUCUCCAUGGCCACAUUGGGCACACUUUGUAUCUCGUCCUGCUCCUUAGCCAUCCUGAGGACUGUUCUCAAGAAUGUAGUAGUCACCCUCCCAGCCAAGGUGAUGAGGACAUCCAGAGCAGCAGAAGAGACCCAUGGCCUGUGUUCAGUGAACCUCAAGUCUGUGUGCUACUGACUUAACCAUCAGAAACUGACCUUUGCUGCCAUUCAAGGCCUGCCCAUAUAGAAUGACAAUUCCUGCCUUGGUGUUGGCUUUCCAGGUGCUGUCUCCUGGCCAAGAAUAUUCUUUUUAGAACCGGUUCAGGGAAUAUGAUGUCCUCAUGUUCAAAACUCAAGUGGGAUGGAAGGUUUGGUUUGGUUUUAGUAAAAGACACUAAAUAUUCUAGUUCAGGAUUUGAGAUUUUUUUAUGCAAAACCCAAGUGGCUCUGCCUUAUGUGUGUUCCUCUCUCAUACCUAUCAAGGGAAAUGGCAGAGAUGUAUCAUUUCAUUGCCUUCAUUUGUGGUGGGGGUUGGGGGGGAAGUCAUAGUCACUUUUGCCCUGAGGGCUGCAUGUGUGCUAAUGUGACUCAUUUGGACGUGAGGUGGGCAGAAGUGGGAACCCAAAAAAUGGCUCCUGCUGGAGAUUCAGCAGGAGACCCUCUGUACAGUAGGCUGAUUUGCUCCAUCUACUCCCAGAUAAGAGUGAACAGAGGCAGCUGUAUAAAUAAGGAAACAGGCACUUGUGGAAUUAAUUUAUGACUUUAAUAAAUUCCAAUAUCAUCCAGCCAAUUUUUUCCUUAUUUUAUUAUAAAUUUGAUAAAAUGAUUCUAACAAGUAUGUGGAAAUGCAAAGGGCCAAGAGAAGGAAGCAGAACCAGAAGGAGAAAUAAUGGAGAGACUUACUAUAUUAGGUAUCAGAACUUAAUGUUAUAUAAUAAUUAAGACAGUGUCAUAUUAGUCCAGGGAUAGGUAAAAACAGUCUAGAGAAACUUAUUCUUAGCAAUCUUUUUUUUUU